AUGGCCUUCUGCGCGGCUCUAUUCCUCAUGUGGAUCGCCUACUGGGUCCCCUUCUUUCUACUCCCCACCUUUGCCCAGUUCAAAGCCGGCGCAAGCUCAAAUCUAGCCUUCAAUGUCCUAGUCAUCUGUAAUACAUCAACCAUUCCUGGUCGGUACCUGGCGGUGCCACUUUCAAACCGAUUGGGGCCCGCGCUCACCAUGGGCGGCUUCGCGCUGGCAUCCAGUGUCCUCCUCUUCGGCUUGGAUCGCUGUUAA